CCUAGAACUGUGCUUUGGGAACUCUCACAACUACUUGCGUAUCGAUUGAGACAAACCGAAAGGGUAUUUAUUCAUUCGACCUGCGCACUAGGUCCCGUUGCAGUCUGUACCGAUAUAAUAUCCAUCUCAACAUCUCGAGAACUCUGCUGCAGCUGCCGUGUCUACGUACGUUGCAACUCGGAUGUCUUUCACGGCAAUAACAAUCUCCAAGUUGACUCUGUAUACGUCACCAUCCACUCGUCGAAUUCAAGACAGGACCGCCUCGCAGACAUAGGCCUUUCUGAUUGCUAUUAAAUGAUGGCGUCCGGCUGGGUCUGGCUGUGUUUGUUUCUGGGUGGCUGGACUAGUAACAACAGCAUGGCAGCCAAGAUAACCAACUUUACUAUCGGUGCCGUGCUGAAUGAUGACAGGCACGACACCCUUUUCCGUGAAGCUAUUACCGAACUUAACAGUGAUUUCACUCUGCUGCCAGUCAAUGCAACAUUACACAGCGCCUCCAUGCUACUAGAUCCCAAUCCUAUUCGAACAGCUUUAAAAAUGUGUAACUACCUGAUUGCCCAACAGGUGUACGCUGUAAUUGUCUCACAUCCAAUUAAGGGCGACCUCUCCCCUGCCACCAUUUCUUAUACCGGUGGAUUCUAUCAUAUUCCUAUUGUUGGAAUCAGUUCCAGAGACGCUGCCUUUUCCGAUAAAAAUAUUCAUGUUUCAUUCCUGAGGACGGUAGCGCCAUUCUUCCACCAGGCGGAUGUGUGGGCUGCCCUACUCCGCCACUUUCAUUUUUGGCAAGUCAUGGUUAUCCACAGCGCUGAUGUGGAUGGUUAUACGCUCCUAAACCGGCUACAGACUCAAUUCCAGAGCAACGAUGACGAUGGAGAACAACGCGAAAUAAAAUUUGAACUGACUAAAGAAUUCGUUCCGGAAUUAGAAGAUUUUACUAAAGAAUUGCAAGAGAUUAGUGAAGGUCAAUCAAGGGUAUACCUUGUCUACGCAAAUGCGGCAGAUGCAGCCGUGAUUUUUAGGGAUGCAGCCAAAUUCAAUUUGACGGGAGCCGGGCACAUUUGGUUAGUGACUGAACAGGCCCUAGACGUACCUGGCGUUCCUGUUGGGGCGUUAGGUCUCCAACAAAUGCACGCCUCAAAUGAAGCGGCGCACAUCCGUGACAGUUUGUAUUUAUUGUCUUCUGCUCUGAGGGAAAUGGAAGGCUCCGAAAGGGGUAUAACUGCGCCUCCGCAAGAUUGUAACAGUUCAGGGGCAGUCUGGGAGACAGGCAGGUUGUACUUCGAGUACAUCAAGAAACAGGUGCUGAAUGACGGAUUAACGGGCAAGAUUGCCUUUGACGAUAAUGGUGAUAGACUCUUCUCGGAAUACGACAUCGUCAACAUCAACCGUCCUCACACUAAAACAAAAGUUGGUCAAUUCUUUUAUUCAAAGUAUCAGAACGUGUUAAAGUUGAAUGUCAACGACAGCGAAAUUGUUUGGCCGGGUGGAUUACGCCAGAAACCAGAAGGAUUUAUAAUCCCUACUUUUCUGAAAGUGAUGACCAUUGUAGAGCAGCCAUUCGUUUAUGCACGUCGAAUCAACGAUCCUAGCGUUGAAACCUGCAACGAUGGAGAAGUGACUUGCCCUUGGUUCAACAACACGGCGGAAUCUUCAACCGAUCGCUUUUACUGUUGCCGAGGCUAUUGCAUCGAUCUACUUAAGGAACUGGCUAAAAAGAAUAAUUUUACUUACUCGUUAGCCUUGUCUCCUGACGGACAAUUCGGUAGUUUAUCUCCUAAGAACGGAACGGGCAAAAAGGAAUGGAACGGACUCAUUGGCGAGUUAGUUGAAGAUCGAGCUGAUAUGAUUGUUGCCCCGUUGACUAUUAAUCCGGAACGGGCGCAAGUGAUUGAAUUUAGUAAACCGUUUAAAUAUCAAGGCAUUACUAUCCUGGAGAAAAAGCAACCGAAAUCAUCGACGUUGGUGUCUUUCCUGCAACCGUUCAGAGAUACCUUAUGGAUUUUAGUGAUGGUUUCUGUCCAUGUCGUUGCAUUGGUUCUCUACCUACUCGAUCGAUUUUCACCUUUCGGUCGGUUUCGAUUGGCUAACGCUGAGAAUACUGAAGAGGAUGCUUUGAAUUUAUCGUCAGCCAUUUGGUUUGCUUGGGGCGUUCUUUUGAAUUCUGGAAUCGGUGAAGGUACUCCGCGAAGUUUUUCAGCCCGUGUGCUAGGAAUGGUUUGGGCCGGCUUCGCCAUGAUCAUCGUAGCAUCUUACACUGCCAAUUUAGCCGCUUUUCUCGUGUUGGAUCGGCCUAAAACUAGUUUAUCCGGAAUCAACGAUCCUCGGUUGAGGAACCCAAUGGAAAAUUUCACUUAUGCAACGGUCCGAGGCUCGGCCGUCGACAUGUAUUUCCGGCGUCAGGUGGAACUAUCUAACAUGUACCGCACGAUGGAAGGCAACAACUAUCCGACAGCGGAGGAAGCAAUUGAAGCAGUGAAAGAAGGAAAAUUGAAGGCAUUUAUCUGGGACAGUUCCCGACUAGAAUUUGAAGCCGCCCAAGAUUGUGACCUGGUUACAGCUGGUGAAUUAUUUGGCCGCUCUGGUUACGGUAUUGGUCUCCGCAAAGGUUCUCCGUGGUCCGACGUCAUAACUCUGUCUGUGCUCGAUUUUCACGAAAGAGGUUUCAUGGAGGAUCUUGACGAACGCUGGAUUAAAUUAGGCAGCGGUCAACAAUGCGAGCAUGAUGAAAAGACUCCUGCAACUUUAGGACUUAAAAACAUGGCUGGAGUGUUUAUACUAGUGGCUGCUGGCAUCGUCUGUGGAGUAGGUCUCAUUUUUAUCGAAAUCAUGUACAAACGCCAUCAGAUUCGUCGCCAAAGGCGAAUGGAACUGGCCAGGCACGUUACGGAUAAAUGGCGCACAAUGGUUGAGAAACGCAAAAAUCUUCGAGCGGCACUUGAAAAUCAACGAUCGAGACUUAAGUCGAACGGGAAAGUGAACGAUUCUAUGGCUGUACAACCAACUAGACGAACUGUUGGCAACAAGAUGGCCGGCUCGAAUAUUAGAAUGGCUAAUAACACAGAAGAAAAUUUGUCCACUUUGAUGCCGGGCAAUAUGAUGGAAAUGCAGUCAGCACAGUAUCAUCCACCAGGUGGUGCUACAGGCUUAUUUCCAGCCAACCGCAGGAGCAAAUUGUCUAGGGGAACGAGCGUCGACAUGAUUGACCCUUUACAACAACAACCGGCGGUGGUGUGUGGUCGACCUGGUCUAUACGUCGAUUUUUCCGUUUGAUAUAAUACAUUGCGCAUUGUUAUUUAAGAAAUACAUUUUGGAUAUGCCCUACACCAGAUGCGACUGGUGUGUGUACGAUAUGAUUCAUUUUGCUUUCAGGUAUUGUCUACUAACUGAAAUA